CCGCCAGAUCCAUUAACUACCUCUCUCACCCGCCCUCUUCCAUGUCGCCGACAAACCUAAAUCCGUAAUUUCAAAAUCUUCCUCUCUCACUCCAAAAUUCAUCGCAUCAAUCAAUCAACGCCUCCGACCGGCCGGACGAUCCGCCACAACAGCACGGCCGAACAGCCAGCCGUCGACUUAGCACUACUUCUGAAAACCAUCCAUUUCCCUGACUCAAUUGAUUGACGAUGGGAGUUCCCGCGUUCUAUCGGUGGCUGGCGGAGAAGUAUCCAAUGGUGGUGGUGGACGUAAUUGAGGAGGAACCUGUCGAGAUAGAAGGUGUUAAAAUUCCGGUGGAUACGAGCAAGCCGAACCCUAACAACAUCGAAUACGAUAAUAUGUAUCUCGAUAUGAACGGAAUUAUUCACCCAUGCUUUCACCCAGAGGAUCGACCUUCUCCAACCACCUUUGAUGAGGUGUUUCAGUGCAUAUUUGACUAUAUAGAUAGACUUUUUGUGAUGGUGCGGCCACGGAAACUGCUUUACAUGGCUAUAGAUGGAGUUGCACCAAGGGCUAAGAUGAAUCAACAGCGGUCACGGCGUUUCAGAGCAGCCAAAGAUGCAGCAGACUCGGCAGCUGAGGAGGAAAGGUUACGGCUGGAGUUUGAAAAAGAAGGGAGAAAGCUUCCUCCCAAACAGGAAUCCCAACUUUUUGAUUCCAAUGUUAUUACGCCCGGAACACCAUUUAUGGCUGUUCUAUCCGUUGCUCUACAAUAUUACAUUCACCUAAGGUUAAACAAUGACCCUGGAUGGAAAAAUGUCAAGGUUAUCCUUUCAGAUGCAAAUGUUCCUGGUGAAGGCGAGCACAAAAUCAUGUCUUAUAUUCGCCUCCAAAGGAAUCUUCCUGGUUAUGAUCCAAAUACCCGUCAUUGUCUGUAUGGAUUGGAUGCAGAUCUGAUCAUGCUUGCUUUGGCCACUCAUGAAGUUCACUUUUCUAUUCUUAGAGAGGUUGUGUUCACUCCAGGACAACAAGAUAAAUGUUUUCUUUGUGGUCAAGUGGGUCAUUUAGCUGCAAAUUGUGAAGGGAAGGCAAAGAGAAAGGCUGGAGAAUUUGAUGAGAAAGGUGAUGCAGAAAUUGUGCCUAAAAAGCCUUAUCAAUUCUUGAACAUUUGGACUCUUCGUGAAUAUCUGGAAUUUGAGAUGAGGCUCCCUAAUCUUCCUUUUGAGAUUGAUUUCGAAUGUAUUAUAGACGAUUUCAUCUUCAUGUGCUUCUUUGUUGGUAAUGAUUUUUUACCUCAUAUGCCAACGCUCGAGAUUCGUGAGGGUGCAAUCAACUUGCUCAUGGCUGUUUAUAAAAAGGAGCUGAGGGCUAUGGGUGGUUACUUGACUGAUGGAAGCAAGCCAAACCUUAGCAGGGUAGAGCACUUUAUUCAAGCCGUGGGGUCGUUUGAAGAUAAAAUAUUUCAAAAACGGGCCCGGCUACAUCAGAGACAAGCUGAAAGAAUCAAGCGCGAAAAGUUUCAAGCUAAACGAGGAGAUGAUUGCGAACCAACAAACAAGCCAGAUUCUUUAGUUCCAGUCACUCGAUUCCAUGGUUCUCGUCUUGCUUCAGGUCCUUCAUCUUCACCCUAUCAGCAGAAGGGCUCUUCAUCUAACGUGAGACGUGAUCAGCUUGACCAUGCUACCUCAAGCUUGCCUAGAAAAGUUGCACGGGUUGAUCUUGGAUCCACUAUAGGGGCUGCUAUUGUUGAAGCUGAAAGUGGUCUAGAAAGUGAAAUUCAAGAUAACAAAGAAGAGCUGAAAUUGAAGCUUAAGGAGUCCCUUCGAGGGAAAUCUGAUGCUUUUAAUCAGGAACACCCAGAGGAGGAUAAUGUCAGAUUGGGGGAACCCGGUUGGAAAGAGAGGUACUAUGAAGAAAAGUUUUCUGCAAAAUCACCGGAAGACCUUGAUGCUAUACGAAGAGAUGUAGUCCUCAAAUACGUAGAAGGUCUAUGUUGGGUUAUGCACUACUACUAUGAAGGGGUUUGUUCCUGGCAAUGGUUUUUCCCCUACCAUUAUGCUCCAUUUGCUUCGGACCUUAAGGAUCUUGGACAGUUGAACAUAAGCUUUGAGUUGGGAACCCCAUUUAAGCCGUUCAAUCAAUUGCUGGGGGUCUUCCCUGCUGCAAGUGCUCAUGCUUUGCCCGAGCAGUACAGGAAAUUGAUGACUGAUCCAAACUCACCGAUAUAUGACUUUUAUCCUACUGACUUUGAAGUUGACAUGAAUGGUAAACGGUUCUCUUGGCAGGGUAUUGCCAAGUUGCCUUUCAUUGAUGAGAGCCGUCUGCUUGCAGAGGUGGCGAAAGUUGAGCACACACUGACGGAAGAAGAAUCUCGAAGAAAUAGUACAAUGUCUGAUAUGCUUUUUGUGUCAUUAUCUCACACGCUGUCGCCAUAUAUAUUUUCUCUCGAUGAUCGUUGUAAGCACAUGACUGACAGAGAGAGAAUUUCGGUGAAGGAACGGCUUGAUCCAGGGGCAAGUGGUGGAAUGAAUGGCUAUAUCUCCCUUUGUGCUGGAGAUCCUUGCCCUCCUGUCUUCAGAUCACCUAUUUUGGGGAUGGAAGAUAUUAUGAACAACCAAGUCAUAUGCUCUAUAUAUAGGCUUCCAGAUGUUCAUAAACACAUAGCCAAACCACUGCCAGGUGUUAUUUUCCCAAAGAAGAUUGUGACAGUUGGUGAUCUGAAACCUGAGCCUGUACUUUGGCAUGAGGAUUCUGGAAGGAGGCCAUUCGACAAUGGAAGCAGGUACAACAACAACCACAACAACAAUCACAACAACCACAACCAGAACCACAACCAUAACCCAAAUGGAGCCAUAUCUGGCCGGCAGCUUGGAGAGGCUGCACAUCGCCUUGUUCUUAACAGUCUGCAGCAUCGGGAAGAGCACAAUGGCCAUGCUGGUCAAAUGCAUCAUCCAUAUCCUCCUCAUACUGUCGGACACAGACCUCAAUAUCAGCAUUACCAGAAUCAUACAUACCCAGGUGGAGAACAUGCUGCGAUGCAAGCGAGUUCUGGCUAUUCUCACCAUAGACCACCAAGCUCAACGGCUUACAGACAACCGUAUGUUUCACAACCCCAGAAUCAACAUAUCAGAUUCCAAAAUUCUGGGAAUGAGGUAUACGAAGCUCCUGCCCCAUACGCUAGGGAAUACAACAGACAUGGAUACUACCCACCUCAACAUAAUGGACAUGGAUAUGCUCCGCAUCCUGCUGGGAGUGGAGCUCAUGUUCCUGAUGCUUAUUUCCGUCCACGACCUGGAUACAGUAAUUUAGAAGCCGAACAACCAUAUGGGAGUAAUUAUAGUAACCAUAGAGCUGGUAAUUGGGUGCCCCCAGUUAAUCCGAAUGCUGGCCGAGGAUACAACAAUUCUCGCCAAACUGGCAAUCAGUACUCAAGUUCGGAUAGGGGAGGAAGAAGGCCACCUCAGUCUAAUUAUCGAAGGUAGUAUGUCCUUAACCUAGCUUGUGGAGCAUGUUCAAGGUGUACGAGGGUUAGCUAUAGAAUUUCAUGAUUCCAUAUUGGUAUUUUAUUGUCAAUUAGUUUGAACUCAGAAUGUAGGGGAAAAGGUCGAUAUUUGUUAUAGGAUGAGUGGCUCAUAUAGGAAUAGCUUGUAUGUUGUAAACGGUUCCUUCUAUAUUCUUUUAUUUUUGUUGAAUGUUUCAUUUUUGUUGUAUAAUACUAAGAUUUGUAAACCUUUACAGUUUCGAUAUCUCUCUUUGGUUUGGUU